AUGAAUGGCACAGAGGGCCCCAACUUCUACGUGCCCAUGUCUAAUAAGACUGGGGUUGUGCGCAGCCCAUUUGAGUACCCACAGUACUACCUGGCUGAGCCCUGGAAAUACUCACUUUUAGCGGCCUACAUGUUCUUUCUCAUGAUCACUGCCUUUCCCAUCAACUUCCUCACUCUGACUGUUACUGUCAAACACAAGAAACUGCGGACGCCGCUGAAUUAUGUUCUGCUGAACCUUGCUGUGGCAGACCUCUUCAUGGUGGUGGGUGGCUUUACUGUCACAUUUUACACCUCUCUGCAUGGCUACUUUUCCCUGGGGGUCACAGGGUGCAACAUUGAGGGAUUUUUUGCCACACUAGGAGGAGAGAUUGCCCUGUGGUCACUUGUGGUUUUGGCCAUUGAGCGCUACAUUGUGGUUUGCAAGCCAAUGGCCAACUUCCGCUUUGGAGAAAAGCAUGCUGUAGCCGGCUUGGCCUUCACCUGGAUAAUGGCUUUGACUUGUGCUACUCCACCUCUGCUUGGAUGGUCUCGGUACAUCCCUGAGGGUAUGCAGUGCUCCUGUGGGAUCGACUACUACACUCCGAAGCCCGAGAUCAACAACACCUCAUUCGUCAUCUAUAUGUUCAUCCUGCACUUCUCCAUUCCUCUUAUCAUCAUUUUCUUCUGCUAUGGUCGCCUCCUCUGCACAGUGCGCGCGGCUGCAGCCCAGCAGCAGGAGUCAGAGACCACCCAGAGAGCCGAGAGAGAGGUAACCCGGAUGGUGGUGGCCAUGGUCAUCUCUUUCCUGGUGUGCUGGGUUCCCUACGCCACUGUGGCCUGGUACAUCUUCGCCAACCAGGGAACUGAGUUUGGACCUGGAAUCAUGACUGCUCCUGCUUUCUUUGCCAAAAGUUCUGCUCUAUACAACCCAAUCAUCUACAUUCUCCUCAACAAGCAGUUUAGAAACUGUAUGAUCACCACUGUGUGCUGGGGAAAAAACCCAUUUGGUGAAGAGGAUGCUGGCACCACUGUUUCCAAGACCCAGACUUCCUCAGUGUCCUCCAGUCAGGUGACCCCCGCCUAA